UGUGUCAGUGCGAGAAGGAAAAAAAAUAUUUUUCAUUAAUUUUUCAACCACACUAGUCAAUUGUUCGUUUCCUGGAAAGUUGUAGAAUGAGUGAUAAUAUAAAUAAUAACGAGCAGAAUCGGGACAUGAACGAUAUUCAAGACGCGCCAAAUCAGGCAAACGAUUUGGUCGCUGAGGAACCAAUAAACGCUGAAGAUCUGAAUCCGAACGAUGAAGCUCCCAAUGAAGCAGCAGGCAAUCAUAGUACUUUAGAGCAACCAAACUAUGCUGCAAUCGUGGACUAUUAUUUACUCAACAAGAACAUACCCCAACGACCGAUUGGGAUGGACAUCAACAUGACCCACAAAAUUGAAACUGGAACACCCAUGACAAUUUCAUUCAUUAGUGGUGACUUUGUCUCGAUUACUACAACAAGCAAUGAAGUAAGCAUAAGUCUCAGGCCGCCUCAUGAUCCAGGCAGGGUUCGUGUGCACAUCAAUUCGCUUGAACCAACUCCUCAAUUACCGGUUGAUCCUUGGAGUUGUAAGCCUUCCGGUCAGUUCCGCUGCGGUAUAUGCCUUACUGAAAUUAACCUCGUGGAGAAUAUACGCUCCACCACUUGCGGCCAUAUUUACUGUGACAGUUGCCUGAAAAAGGCUCUGCGCGAGAAUGGCUACUGCUCCAUUUGCGGAGAAUCCCAGGAGUAUGAGAGUUCCAUACGUUUGUAUUGGUGCGGGCAUACUCCCUGAGGUCCAGCAUCGCUUUCCUUGCAUAAGCAGAAAAUAAAGGCCAGUUAGAGAAAACGGCACAUAACAAUUCUUAGCACUGCCGACUGCAUUACCGUAUGCACUGUUUACACAAAACUACAAUAAAAAUAAACAUAUAUAUCAAUACAAUACAGUAUGUACAAUAAAAUGCACUCUUCAGUGUUGGCUUAACAGACCACCA